AUGUAUCAUGGAUCAGAGGAGGAGCUGCGCGCUGCGGAAAUGACGGGUCGCGUGUACGACAAUUUGUGCACGAGCACGCCUCUAGAGCUGCACGGUAUUCGCCAACUGCACACCAGCCACAUCGGCGGCGCCUCACUCGACGGGGAGGAGGAGUCGACGUGCGGCAGCCACAACACUUCCACCGCGCAGCCGUCACAGCGGCGACGCGUGGGCGGGGCGCAUCCUGCACCGCAGCAUAUCUCCGGCGUGCACGCCGUGGUGGAGGUGGCGCGGCGGGAAUCCGUCCUGCGGCAGUUGUACAACGACAAGCUUCGCGGUAGCAUCAGUGCCAUUGUAAGUGCCCUCAUGAACGAAUUGCCGCGAGAUCACAUCUUCCUGCAGCUUCUGAGUGACCCAGCGACCGAGCAGUACUGUCGCGUACGUGUGGGAGAGGUGGUGGAGAGUUUUCUCUUCUCGGUGCAGGCGCAUCAGUACCACAACCUUGCCUCGGAGCUGGCGAAGCGGGAGGUGGAGCUCUUGACGCUCGCCGGGCAGCUGGAGGAGGCGCAGCAGGCGAAUGUGAAUGCGUCACCACCGGUCAAGUCCUUCAAGACCACCCAAACUGACAACCGCACCGACGCGGGGAUGAAUACGGAGUACUCCUCCCACCUGGCACGAGGUGAAGGCGAUGUGGAACCGACCGAGGCGACGGCGCAGGAGGAACUUAUCGCGCUGCUUGAAGAUGUGACACGUGAGCAUGAGCUCGCAAAGUGUCGUGAAUGCCUCUCCGCCCCCACGUCGCUGCUAGAGACUGUGCAGGCGGAGGGAAACUAUCGUGACAAGUACGAGUACCUCGCCGAUGUUGUGGGUCACCUCUUCCGCUCUGUUCAGGGGCUUGUGGUAUACGCAGACGGGUCGCUCAACAGCCUGGAGUCGCUGCGGCACAGCCUCCACGGUGUGUGGAGCUGCGACGACAAGAAUGCGGGCGAAGCCGGGGCGCAAGCCGCGUUGCGCCGCACGUCCCUGCCAGCUUCUUCCGUCGCAGCAGGGGGUUGCCCCUCCUCUUCCACCUCCGCCACCGCUGCCACGUCACCCUUGCAGCAACGGGCGGCGAUCUUUGAGGAGGAGCGUGCCCGACUAGAGAAGCUGGCGGCACAGUUAAAAUACGCGCAGCGUCACUGUGGCGAUAUUAUUGAGAGUCUUGGCAAGUCCCAGAUGGAGCUGCAGCGGCAAAGCGAUAGUCGUCAGCAGCAGCUGGAGCAACUCCAGCAGCUAGCCGCAAGAAACAAUAUGCAGGAGUUAAGUAAAGCCCUAAAGGCAAAUGAGGAGGCCUUAGUGCGACUCCGUGAGGAUAUGCAACAGUCUUUUGCUGCCGAACGAGCCCAAAUACGGGCGCGAGAAAGGGAAUUAGAGCAGCGGUGUGCCCAACAGGCAUUUGAACUACAGCAGGUGACAGAAGAGCUGGCGUUAGGGCGGCAACAGCUGCAAAGGGAGGUGGAGGGGCGCUGCAAGGCAGAGCAACGGAUGCAGAUAGCGGAGCAAUCGGUAGCUGAGGCGCGGCAGCAAUGUGGUGUCACUGUUUCAGAGCUUCACCGUGACCUUGAGGCUGAGAAGGACGCACUGCAGGAAACACUGCGCAAGGUGCAAGUAGAGCUCAUCGCACGCCACGCGGAGGCGGUGUGUGCGCGGCAGGAAAGUAUUGCGCUAGAUGCCCAUGUCACAAAAAUGCAAUUUUUGCUGGUACACGGCUACGAACGUGCUGCAGCAGAGCAGCACUAUUCCCUGUUGCUGGCACAGGAGGCGGUCCGGCACGCGAAGACGCAGGCUGCGGCGGAGCAGAAGGCGCUGCGGGAGCAGGAGUCAACCGUGCAGCAGUGCUACGAGGAUCUUCGUUUCCUGCUGGAGUGUAUGCGGGAGGAUGACUACAAGGCGGAAUUGCAGCAACGCGAGGAGGAGGCUGACACGGAGGCACGUCGAUGCCGCGUCUUUGUUGAUAAGAAUAUCGAUGGUAGCCGUGUAGAUAAGAAGAAUGGAGAUUGCAGCGAUGGGGCUCAUGACAAGGUUGCAGAGGAGGAGGUGGUGGAGGUGGAGGCCGGUGGUCGGACGCAGGCGCUGCUUCACCGCUACAGCACGCCAAAGACACUCACUGGCGUUGUCACUGCCCUACAAAAUGCCUACGAAACGGUGCAGCGUCAUCAGCGAUACAUGCAGAGCACGGUGGACGCUGCAAGCAUGCGUGAGCGGCAGCUGCAGCAGGAGGGUGACACGUUGCGCGUGCGGCUGGAACAGCUGACGGCUGACUACGAGCAGCAGCAGGCGAAGUUCAAGCAGCUGUGGAACGCGCAAGCGAUGUGGGAGCGACAAGAUACCCUAAAGGGGUUGCUUGCAAAGCAAGAGGCGCUGUUAGCCACCGUGAACGUGGAACGCGAGGCACUGCAGGUACGGUGGUCCGCGCUUAGCGAAGAGUACCAGGCCCUGGAGCGCCGUAAUUCGCAGCUGCACGAGCGAUGUGCAGUGAAGGAGGCGGAGAACGCGCGACUGUUGGGGUACCUGCGAGCCAAGCAGAUGACAUCCGCGUCGUCGUCGUCGUCGUCACCGCCGUCCUUGCAGCAGCCGCAGUUGCCAUCGACAGAGGUUUUGCACGAGACACCUGCCGACGGCGCAGCGGGAUCGUCAGUUCGGCUCGCGGCGGAGCGAACGCCGGAGGAGAAGGCAGCGCUGGGCAACUCGCCAGAGGCGCGGCGGACAGAGACGCACACGCUGCCUAGACACCGCGGCUCACGGGGAUCGUCCAGUGCCCCAGGUCUCAGCGGGCACGCACAGACGCCAUGCAGCAGCGUGCUGGAGGAGGAGGUCGGCGUCGGUCAUAGUGCAAUGGGGGUGGUGAUUCCACUCGGACAACUCUCACGCGAUCGAGGUGCGUGGCGCCCGGUCUGCCGUCCUGGGAGCAGCGCCCCUGCGGCAGCCACCCCCACCGCAGCUGGGAGUGCGGAGGUGGGAGAGGGAAUGGAUGGUGCAAAUUGA